AUGUUCUCGCCUAUGCAACCUCUCCUCUACCUCCUCCAGCUCGCGUCACUGGUUGGCCUAGCCUCAGCGACACCGUCCGGCAACGUGCAGCAGCCGCUGUCGCUGACCAACGAUAGUAAGGCCGACGCGCCUCCGCUGAUCGUUUCCGUCGAACUCUUCCGGUCCCUCGAGCGCACGUCGCGUAUUGUCGAUAUAACCUACUGCGUCGGUACCUCAGGUAUAUCGCAGCCCUUCUCAUGCGUAUCCCGCUGUAAGGAGUUCCCCUCGUUCACGCUGGUUUCGACAUGGAACACGGGGGUCCUUUUGAGCGACAGCUGUGGCUACAUUGCCGUGGACCACGGCGUGCGCAGACCGGGAGAUGAGGACAGGUUCAACGGCGAAGUCGGGGAGAAGGCCAUCAUUGUCGCGUUCCGCGGCACCUACAGCUUCUCCAACGCCAUUAUCGAUCUAAGCACGAUACCGCAGGAAUACGUGCCUUACCCCUCUCCCGACGACGGCGGCCAGCCAUCCAAGCAGCCCAAGCACAAGUGCAAAGAAUGCACAGUCCAUAUGGGCUUCCUGGCGUCGUGGCGCCAGGCGCGGAACCUGGUGGUCCCCGAGGUCAAGAAGCUGAGAGAUCAAUAUCCCGACUAUCCCAUCCAUAUGGUCGGCCACAGUCUCGGAGGGGCCGUCGCGAUGCUUGCGUCUCUCGAGUUCAAGGUGUCGUUUGGCUGGGACAACAUUGUCGUUACGACUUUUGGCGAACCCAAGGUCGGGAACCAGGGCCUCUGCAACUACGUUGACGAAGUCUUUGGACUGGACAACGAGAAAGACGAGAAUCUGUCAAAGCGGUCCUACCGCCGCGUGACACACGCCGACGACCCAGUGCCGCUGCUCCCACUCACAGAGUGGGGUUACAAGCCACAUGCUGGCGAAUACUAUAUUAGCAAGGUGGAUCUGUCGCCCUCUCUAGAAGACGUGAUUGUCUGCCGUGGCGACAGCGACGCGCGCUGCAUCACGAAGGGGGACGGCAGCUUCUUCGAAUCCAAAGUGCAGGAGCUGGCAGAGGUUGCAAAGUCUGUACAAGUGGCCGACGAGACCAAAUGGAUGAAGAGGCUGCCGGUGUUCCCGGCCCGGCUCAAGCUUUGGCAACUGCUCUUCGCCCACAGGGAUUACUUUUGGAGACUCGGGCUUUGUGUGCCUGGUGGCGACCCGGCAAAUUGGGGGAGAGACAAACACGGCGGACACGAAAAUCCUGUAUUAGACGAGCUCUAA